AUGAUCGAUCCAAGUACAGAAGACAAGUAUAUUAAGCUUGCGCGAAGUUUCCGAAUGUUCGCUAUGAUGGAGACGAGAAUGAUGGAUACCGAGAAAGCGCAUUCCAGAGUAAGCGAUCUGCUGUUCGACGAUGCGCUCACAACGUUGCAUCGCUGUGGCUAUAAAUUCGAUGAAGCUCUCAAGGAAAUGAAUGCAAACGAUAAGUUGCUGUCUGCUGAUGCAAACUUCAUGACAGUGGAGGAUACAAAGAAGUUCUGUAAAGGCAUUAAAACGAUUGGAAAGAAUUUCGUGCGAAUUAGUCGCGAGCUGCUUCCGUUGCACAGCAGGGAUCAGUUGGUCGGUUUCUAUUAUCUGUGGAAGAAAACAUCAGAUGCUGUCAAACCAAAGCCGCUCUCUCGUCAACGCAAUCAGGUUACGUCAAUUAAGAGGACCUCGAAGAGUACUCAGAAUAAGACAUCUCGACCCGCAUCAACCGAAUUACUAGAUUACGCUUCCGCAAGUGAGGGUGAAAUGGAAACUCUUGACGCAGAGAAAGCAGCACAGUACGCAUGCCAUCAUUGCUACGGUUCCAAGAGUCGAGACUGGCACCAUGCAGGGCGUGACGGUCUUCUGCUGUGCUCUGACUGCCGAUUGUUUUAUAAGAAGUAUGGCCAACUCAGACCAGUUGAUCGCCCAUCAACCGUGCCUCCGUGCUUGUUCAAGCGCAGUCCUUCUAGCGCCGAUGCUGACGAGGACAGCGGCGUGAGAACCAGGGCAGGAAAGAAAGAACGGCGAAGGACUCCGUCAAUGGGUGAAGAACGAAGGAGUCCCAGUCAAGCGGCGUCCAUACACGAGUUUGACCUUGACAAAGUGCCCAUAAGCAAAACGAAAAAUGGCAAGCGAAAACGAUCUAAUCACGUGCACAGUGGCAGUGGACUACCCCUGAAUAACAACAGUGCUAAGAAAAAGCGGGUAUGUUUUGUGCAGUUUGUGAACUUUGGCGAAAUUAUCAUUCAACCAUUUGUUUAUCGGACCCAUUUUAAGGAAGAUGCUGAUGAGGACAGCAGUAGUGGUAAGGAGGAAGUUCUCAAUGAAGAAAGCAAGGCAGCUCUAGCGGCCAGCUGCGUGAAAACGGAAAACGACACAACCGAUGCAUCUACCGCCAGUCCGGUUUCAAAUGAGAAUUCGCGACUGGAUACCGUCAUCGCUAACUCCGAUCGAGUUGCCGAGUUGAAGCAAGAACCUGAUUCUGAGAAGCCCUUGGAAAAACUCGAACAAGUCGCAAUGAUGGUCGAAGAUAUCAAGCCAGAGAUCGCAAGUGUCGCAGAACCGAAAAAAGAGGAGAAAAUUUUCGAUGACAUCGAUUUCGACGAGAACGAUGAGAACGUUGCCACCGUCAUCGACGAUGAUAAUACGUGGAAACACGGUGAUCAGGAGGCGUGUACAUCAAAAAACGCGAUAUUUGUGCAAUCUAUCGUCCGUUCGUGCGGCCAGAUGAGUGCUCGCACUGAUCUGUCAUAUCGUAUGCCGAGCGAUUGUGAAUGGGCGAAGCGGAAACGCGAGAAGAAAGAGAAGGCUGCAGCAGCGGCGGCCGCGCAGCAGCAACAGCCUGCGACCCCGACACAACCGAAAAAGGCCGAAAUGAACGGCAUGAUGCCCAGUGGAAUUGCGGAUUUGUCACGAGUAGCAGCUAUGAAUGGUCAAAUGCCUAUGUUCCAUGGAAUGGAUCCGAUGACUAUGGCUAUGAUGCAGCAAAUGCAACAAGCCCAGUUAUUAGAAGCUCAACAACAUGCCGCAGCCCAGCAGCAGCAUAUGAUGAAGUUGGAAAUGCAACGACAAUUGACAGCCGCUGGUCGCAUCCCAAUGAUGUCGUUCAUGGACCAACGAAUGGCAGCGGCGGCUGGCUUGCAGUUCUUGCCGACUCAACAGCCGACUGAUAUGCAACGAUUUCAAAUGGAGAUGAUGCAGGCACAGCAGAUGGCUGGUGCAAUGAGUGGCGCUAUGGCCCAUCAGCAGGCUCUCGCCAAUCCGGAAAUUCAGGCUCUUAUGAUGCAAAUGAUGAUGGCAAAUCAAAUGAGCAUGCCACAAAUGGGCCCACCUCCAAUGCAGGCACCGACAGCCAUGACCGCCGGUUUACCGCCCAAUAUGGGUCUGCAUCCGGCUCUGAUUCCAUCCUCCCAAGCAAACGGUCUUAUGACGAAUUCCGAUAUGAUGCGGCGGUUACAACAAGAAGGGUUCCCGAUGCGUCCGCAAUAA